AUGGCAGUAUCUUCUCCAAGCUACAUGUCAGCAAGCGUGCUGGCCGUGGGCGGCCGCAGCCGCAGCCGCAGGGCCCUGGCGCGCGCGCUCGCUCACGCCUCUGGCUGCCGCAGCGUGCGUGGACGCGCCCGAGAACCUGUCGCUGCCCAAGAAGUACGAGCCGGGCAGCCCGGCGCCCGCGCCGCCGCCCCCCCGCCACCCCCGCCGCCGCCGCAGCGCUCACCCGUCGACGUGCUCCUCCGGGCCUUCCCCGGCCGCAGACGCGUCGACGUCGAGGCACUGCUCAACAGGUGUAAGGGCGACGUGCUCACGGCCAUCGAGGUGCUGGCGUGCGGCAGCUUCGGCCACCAGCAGCCGCCGCCGCAGCACCAGCAGCAGCAGGCGCACCAGCUGGACGAGCCGCUGGCCAAGUCGGCCUUCUCGCCGCUGGCGCCGCCCCCGCAGCCGCGCUACAGCCCCCAGCCGCAGCCGCCGCACCAGCAGCUGCAGCCGCCGCCGCCGCAGCAGCAGCAGCAGCAGACGCCCCAGCGGCGCUUUCUGGCGGCGCCGUACGCCGGCACGGGCUACCUGCCCACCGUCAUCCGGCCCCCGCCCGACUACCCCCUGCCGCUGCUGGCGCCGCCCCACGACAUGUACGCCGGGCUCCCGGGGGCGGCUGCAGCUGCCGCCGCCGCAGCCGCCGCCGCCGCCGCCGACAAGGCCGCCGCCGGGUCGCCCAACUCCGCCUCCGGCUCCGACAAGACGUCCUACUCGGAGUGA